AGUGUCUUAAGAAAUACUCUACCAAAAAUGCACCAUCCCAAUUCGUUGGAUCAUUGUGUGUGGGUUCCACGACGUCAUUAGACUUCUAUUUCAAGACUGAACAAAUUCUUCGAUCUUCUCCUCCAUUUUGAUCAUAUAUCAUUCACUUCAUACGGUAUUUCUUCGGGUAGAAUUGGUAUUUGCUCAGUAGGGGUAGAUUUCCAUGGCUGUUCCUGUCGAAGAAGCAAUUGCUGCUCUUUCUACAUUUUCACUGGAGGAUGAUCAACCGGAGGUGCAAGGCCCAGCAUUAUGGGUUUCAUCUGAAAGAGGUGCAACAAUUAGUCCAAUAGAGUAUAGUGAUGUCCAUGCAUAUCGGCUAUCUUUAUCAGAGGACACAAAAGCACUAAAUCAACUGAAUACUCUUGUACAAGAAGGCAAGGAGAUGGUAUCAGUACUCUAUGCAUACCGGAGUUGUGUCAAAGCACUUCCUCAGCUUCCAGAUUCCAUGAAGCAAAGUCAGGCUGAUUUGUAUCUAGAAACUUAUCAAGUGUUGGACUUGGAAAUGAGUCGGCUUCGUGAGAUACAAAGAUGGCAAGCAUCUGCUGCAUCUAAAUUAGCAGCGGAUAUGCAGCGGUUUUCGAGGCCGGAGAGACGCAUCAAUGGUCCCACUGUAACUCAUCUCUGGUCCAUGUUGAAGUUGCUUGAUGUUUUGAUUCAACUUGAUCAUCUGAAAAAUGCAAAAGCUAGUAUACCUAAUGAUUUCUCGUGGUAUAAAAGGACAUUUACUCAAGUCAGUAUUCAGUGGCAAGACACGGAUUCAAUGAGAGAGGAGUUGGAUGAUUUACAGAUUUUCUUGAGCACAAGGUGGGCUAUUUUGUUGAACUUGCAUGUUGAGAUGUUUCGGGUGAACAAUGUGGAAGACAUCCUACAAGUUCUGAUUGUCUAUGCGGCGGAGUGCCUAGAGUUGGAUUUUGCACUACUUUUUCCUGAAAGACAUGUACUUCUUCGUGUUCUGCCUGUUCUUGUUGUCUUAGCAACAUCAUCAGAAAAAGACAGCGAAUCACUUAACAAGAGGGUGAAGAUGAACAGACUCAUCACUAUUUUUAAGAAUGAUCCAGUGAUACCUGCAUUCCCAGAUCUUCAUCUUUCACCAGCUGCAAUUUUGAAGGAGCUCUCUAUGUACUUCCCCAAGUUCUCUGCUCAAACCCGCCUGCUAAGUCUACCGGCUCCUCAUGAGCUUCCACCUCGUGAAGUACAAGAUUAUCAGCGACAUUAUUUGAUUGUUAAUCACAUUGGAGGAAUUCGUGCUGAGCAUGAUGACUUUACUAUCCGUUUUGCUUCUGCUAUGAACCAGCUAGCAUUAUUGAAAUCAAUAGAUGGUGCAGAUAUUGAAUGGUCUAAGGAAGUCAAAGGUAGUAUGUACGAUAUGGUUGUUGAAGGUUUUCAGCUUUUGAGCCGAUGGAGUGCUCGCAUAUGGGAGCAAUGUGCAUGGAAAUUCUCACGCCCCUGCAAGGACAUCGUCCCUUCAGAGUCAAUUGAAAUGACAACACCAAUUUCUGAUUAUGAAAAGGUGGUACGCUUUAAUUAUAGCGCUGAUGAAAGGAAGGCUUUAGUUGAAAUUGUUAGCUACAUUAAAAGCAUUGGAUCAAUGAUGCAGCGGUGUGACACAUUAGUAGCAGAUGCCUUGUGGGAAACUGUUCAUGCUGAGAUUCAGGAUUUUGUGCAGAACACUUUGGCAGCCAUGUUGCGUACCACAUUCCGAAAGAAAAAGGAUCUUUGCAGGAUACUCUCUGAUAUGCGGACCCUUUCAGCUGAUUGGAUGGCUAACACUAGCAAGCCUGAAUCUGAGUUACAAACAUCACAACAUGGAGGCGAAGAAAGCAAAGGGAACUUCUUUUAUCCAAGGGCAGUUGCACCUACUGCUGCACAGGUACAUUGCUUACAAUUUUUGAUAUAUGAGGUGGUAUCUGGUGGUAAUAUGAGGAAGCCGGGUGGUCUCUUUGGGAAUAGCAGCUCUGAGAUUCCCGCAAAUGAUUUGAAACAACUGGAAACCUUUUUCUACAAGCUUAGUUUUUUUCUACACAUACUAGACUAUUCAGUUACAGUUGCAACGCUGACAGAUCUGGGUUUCUUAUGGUUUAGAGAAUUUUAUUUGGAAUCUUCACGUGUCAUCCAGUUUCCUAUAGAUUGCUCUCUUCCUUGGAUGCUGGUGGAUCAUGUACUGGAGUCACAAAAUGGUGGUCUUCUUGAAAGUGUUUUGAUGCCAUUUGACAUAUACAAUGACUCUGCUCAGCAUGCCCUGGUUGUGCUCAAGCAACGUUUUCUCUAUGAUGAGAUUGAAGCUGAGGUGGAUAAUUGUUUUGAUAUAUUUGUCUCGAGGUUGUGUGAGGUUAUAUUCACACACUACAAAAGUUGGGCUGCUAGUUGUUACAAAUGUGUUGCCAAAUUCUCCAGUGAGCUGCUUGAUCCUUCGUUCCUUUUCACAUUGGAUAAUGGUGAAAAGUUCUCUGUCCGCCCAAUGAGAUUCACUGCCCUGCUGAACAUGAAAAGAGUGAAGUUACUUGGAAGAACAAUCAACUUGAGGAGUUUGAUUGCUGAGAGGAUGAACAAAUUAUUUAGAGAGAACCUUGAAUUUUUGUUCGAUCGCUUUGAGUCCCAGGACUUGUGUGCUAUUGUUGAGUUGGAAAAGCUUUUGGAAAUCUUACAAAUGACUCAUGAAUUCUUGUCUCGGGAUCUCACUAUAGAUUCUUUCAGUAUCAUGCUGAGUGAGAUGAUGGAAAACAUCUCUCUUGUUUCUUACUCAAGUCGACUUGCUUCUCAGAUUUGGACGGAGAUGCAGAACGAUUUUUUGCCCAACUUCAUCCUAUGUAAUACAACUCAACGCUUUGUUCGAUCAUCAAAAGUGCCAUCAGCUCCUGUUCAGAAACCAUCAGUUCCAUAUGCCAAGCCAAACUUCUAUUGUGGAACUCAAGAAUUAAACUCUGCUCACCAAAGCUUUGCUCGAUUGCAUAGUGGGUUCUUUGGGUUACCUCACAUGUUCUCCAUCGUACGGCUUCUGGGCUCUAGAUCAUUACCUUGGCUUAUCCGAGCACUACUGGAUCAUAUAUCAACUAAGUCCAAUGGUUUGCCUCAACUGAUUCAGAUAACAACCCUCGAACCGAUGAUAACUGGAUUGCAAGAGGCAUUGCCAAAGUCUAUUGGUUUGCUCCCUUUUGAUGGUGGUGUAACAGGCUGUAUGCGGCUUGUCAAAGAACUUCUUAAGUGGCAGUCAAAAACGGAACUUAAAACAGAGAUUCUACAUGGGAUUAAGGAGGUUGGAAGUGCCUUAUAUUGGAUGGGGCUGCUUGAUAUUGUUUUGAGAGAAGUUGACACAACACAGUUCAUGCAAGUGGCCUCAUGGUUAGGCUUGAUACCUGGUGCAGAUGGUCAAAUACUACAGUCACAGGAAGAGGGAAGUAGCCCUGUUGUCACUCUCUUCAAGUCAGCCACUGCUGCUAUUGUAUCAAGCAACCCUUUAAAUCCCACACCCUUCUACACAAUGUCAAAACAGGCCGAAGCUGCUGAUUUAUUGUACAAGGCUAACUUAAAUACUGGAAGUGUGCUUGAGUAUGCCCUUGCUUUCACCAGUGCUGCACUGGAUAAAUAUUGCACCAAAUGGAGUGCUGCACCAAAGACUGGGUUCAUUGACAUUACCACAUCAAAGGACUUUUACCGUAUAUUUAGUGGUCUCCAAAUAGAAUACUUGGAAGAAUGUAUGCAGGUACCCCCAAACAACCAUGAAAUGUUGGGUGAUUCAGUUGCAUGGGGUGGUUGCACAAUAAUAUACUUGCUUGGUCAACAACUUCACUUUGAGCUCUUUGAUUUCUCCUAUCAAGUCCUCAACAUUGCAGAAGUUGAUACUGCACCAUCAAAUAAGACUCCUCACUUUGCUCAGGGAUGGGAAGUGCUAUUAGAGGCUAUGAAGAAAGCACGGCGAUUGAACAAUCACGUAUUUUCAAUGUUAAAGGCACGGUGCCCUCUUGAAGACAAGCAAGCAUGUGCCAUCAAGCAAAGUGGAGCCCCUCUUCAUCGCAUCAAAUUUGAAAACACGGUAUCUGCCUUUGAAACAUUGCCACAAAAAUGUUCCUAGAAGACAUACAAUCCAACCUCAUAAUGGUCUUGGAUUUGGAUGCUGCAUCUAUUUGUAUUGUAUAUGUGGUUACUUAUUUGGUAGAAGGAUGUUGAUAUGCGUUUCUGCCUUUUUUUGGAUUGGAGGUCAGGUCUGCAUAUCUUACCCCUCAUAUCCAAUCUCAGAGUGGGAAUAUUGGGUUAGUUUAGUGUGGUCAUUUUGAUAUAUGUAGCGAGUGUUCAGCAGACUUGUGUUGUGAUAGUUGUUGAAGAUAGGUUUAUUGAAGAUGCAAACGACUUGAGUUUGGUCCAAUGGUCAGAUUUGUAUUGUCUAUUACCAGUGGCUGUUUCUUAAUUAAUGUGAUUUAUAUAAGUCCAAUAAACAAUCUGAAGGUUGUUCUACAACAACUUGAGGUGUAGUUGUUGCACUCUAA